UUAACAACCCAUUUACUGUCAUGGCAGUGUCUCCAGAGCUCAGUUUUAAUGUGGAUCAUGGCUAUCUGGAGGGUCUGGUUCGAGGAAUGAAGGCUGGGAUUCUCACUGGCAAUGACUAUCACAAUCUGGCCCAGUGUGACACACUUGAGGACAUGAAGCUGCACCUUCAGAGUACAGACUACGGUAAACUGCUGUCCUCGGCUGAAGAUGACCUGACUGUGUCUCUGGUGGACAGCAAACUGAGGGAGAACCUGGUGACUGAAUUCAGCUGCCUGCGCUCCAAUGCUCUGCCACCACUCUCCACCUUUCUUGAUUAUAUAACCUACAGCUACAUGAUCGACAAUGUGGUGAUGCUGAUCAACGGGGCCCUGAAACAGAGGGAUGUGGCAGAGCUGCUGCCACGGUGUCACCCAAUGGGAGCUUUCGACCAAAUGGCAGCAGUGGGCAUCGCUCGCACCCCGACUGAACUCUACUCAGCCAUCCUGGUGGACACACCCCUAGCUCCAUUUUUCCAGGAUGCUGUAUCUGACUCCAACUUGGAUGAGAUGGAAGCUGAGAUCCUGAGAAACAAACUGCAUAAGGCAUAUUUAGAGUCUUUCCACUCUUUAUGCAAGAACACUGGUGGUGCCACAAAGGAUAUAAUGUGUCCUCUCCUGGAGUUCGAGGCAGACAGAAGAGCCUUCACAAUCACAGUGAACUCCUUCGGGACAGAUCUCAGCGGUGCAGACAGGAGCGAGCUGUAUCCAUCAUGUGGCAAACUUUACCCUGAAGGGCUGCAAUUGCUGGCAAAAGCAGAAGACCCCGAACAUGUCAAAGCUGUGGCCGAGUGUUACCCGGAAUAUAAAAUCAUUUUUGAUGACCCUGAGCCAGGAUCAGAUUUCAAGACUCUGGAGGACAGAUUCUUUGAACAGGAGGUGAAUCUGAACACGCUUGCUUUCCUGCAGCAGUUCCACUUUGGAAUAUUUUACUCAUACAUCAAGCUGAAGGAGCAGGAGGGUCGCAACAUCAUCUGGAUCGCUGAGUGUGUCACACAGAGACAGAAGUCCAAGAUACACAAUUACAUACCCAUCUUCCAGGGAACAAAGUAA